UCGGCGCGCCAGUGGCCAGAGCAGGCUCUGCGCCGCAGCUCUCUCUGUUCUCACCUCGCCCUCACUCCUCUCUCUAUUCCUCUCCUUGGACACAAUUUGUUUCGGUCUUCCUGCAAGUGUGACAUGUCCAGCACCAAACCUCACCAACUGGACAAAAGGGGUGUUUGACUUGACAGAAGAAAGAGUUGGCAACGAAGCAAGAAAUAAGGGAUCAAACUUUGACACCAAAGAAAAUCCACAAAGGACAACAAAACUUGUUAUUGUAAAUCAAAUUGGUCUAGAUCUAUGGACUUGAUUCUCCGUUACAGAUCAGAAAGGGGACCUGUUACGUCUGUGUGAUGCAUUACCUGCUCAGCAGAUUUGGAAGCCAGCUGGAAGAUAUUAACUGUUGUUAAAUAUUGGUGCAUAAUUUGAGAUGACAAUUUAUGGGAUGAUCAGUCUUAAUCUCUGUGUUUUGAACUCUUAAAAACGUGCUUCAAUCAUCAUGCUGGAUACUAAUCACUGCCUGCACAUCGACACUUCCUCCUUGGUGGCUCAACCAAUCAGAAACGAUACCAGCAAGCCAGGGAUAACCAUGGAUUACGAGAGACACGCCUAUCAUAGCUUGAAAGAAGUGCUACAGCUCAAACUGCAGCAGCGACGCACACGAGAGGAGCUGGUCAGCCAAGGGAUCAUGCCUCCACUGAAGAGCCCGGCUGCUUUCCACGAGCAGAGGAGAAGUCUGGAGCGGGCACGGACGGAGGACUAUCUGAAGAGGAAGAUCCGGAGCCGUCCUGAGCGGUCGGAGCUAGUGAGAAUGCACAUACUGGAAGUACUCCCCAAGACUAGACAAGAACUACACCAGGAAGAGACAUCGGCCGAGCCCUCUCUGCAGGCCAAGCAGAUGAAGCUGAAAAGAGCUCGUCUGGCUGAUGACCUCAACGAUAAGCUUUCUCACCGACCAGGCCCCAUUGAGCUCAUCCACAAGAACAUCCUGCCCGUGCACACAAUCAUUGGUACGGAGUCACCAAAGGGCGACAGCUCCUCAUUGGACGAGGACAGCAGUGAUGCGCUCUCGCCUGAUCAGCCAGCCAAUCACGACUCUCCCCUCAGCUCCAGUCAGCAGCACUCGCCGCCUGAUGUGCUUAAUCUGAAUGGCAACCCAUCUCCCCCUCAGUUCCUUCCCCAAGUCCCCUUGCAGCUGAACGGCAUGGACGUUCCUCCUCCACAGCCGCUGACCAAUGGGGCCUUGACAGUCACCACACCGCGUCCGGCCACGGGACAGACGAAGUCGUCGUCUAAGUCCAGCUCGGACCGGCCGUCCCAGCGGCCCAAGAAGCCCAAGGACAGCAAGCCCAAGGUGAAGAAGCUCAAGUACCACCAGUACAUCCCGCCGGACCAGAAGGCGGAUCGCGAGCCGCCGCCCCAGAUGGACUCAUCCUACGCCAAGCUGCUCCAGCAACAGCAGCUCUUCCUGCAGCUGCAGAUCAUCAGCCAGCAGCAGCAGCACUACAACUACCACACCAUCCUGCCCGCGCCGCCCAAACCCCCUACUGAGCAGCAGCAGCAGCCUCCGCCUGCUCCCCCUCCCCCAGCCAACCCUGGGCCCUCCCCGUCCCGCGCCGUGCCAACCCCCACCUCCUCCUCCACCCCCUCCAGCCACACCGGGUCCAACCGACACAGUCAGCCCCCGUCUGGCGACGCCAAGCCAAGCACCCUGCCGGCAAACCUGGACGAGUUCAAAGUUGCUGAACUCAAGCAGGAGCUCAAACUGAGGGGUCUGACCGUCUCGGGCACCAAAAACGACCUGAUCGAGAGGCUGAAGAACUACCAGGAGCAGAACGGUGGUGCCAUGGCAACUGCUCAGAAAGCUUCCCAGCCUCAGGGGCAAACGAAUGGCCUCGCGCCUGUUGUCGCACAGUCCAAGGAAGCCCCAGUGAAAAUGGGAACCAUCCCAGUUGUCAACGGCCAUGUCACUCAGAUGUCCACCAUGCCCCACGUGAUGCGCUUCAGCAGCACAAGCUCCUCCCCUCCUGUGUCUCCCGCCCCCUCUGACCGGUCAUUGGCUGGAAUGAGCCCAGACGAGACCAGCUGUAAUGGCGACGUGUUUGGUGAAAUGGUGAGCUCCCCUCUCACUCAGCUCACCUUGCACCCGUCCCCGGAGCCCCUGGAGGCUGUGGUAAAAGAGGAGCCGCGGGGCCUCGGCCAACUCUCCAGCUGCCUCUCCCGGCCCCAGCCCCCCAACGCCGCCGCCACCGCCGGUCAGAACAAGGACCAGAUGCUGCAGGAGAAGGACAAGCAGAUCGAGGAGCUGACGCGCAUGCUGCGCCAGAAGCAGCAGCUGGUGGAGACGUUGCGCUCGCAGCUGGAGCAGGGCAAGCGCAGCGGCAGCAGCACCACCGCCGCUGCGGACAUCCCCAACGUCGUCCUCGCUGCCACCGCCGCCGAGACCCACCUCCUCCUCAACGGCGUCCAGCUCAACGGCAUGGCCGCCAGGGUGAAGGAGGAGGCCGAGGACGAGAAGAUGGCGCUGACGACCACAGCGGUGACCACAGCGAGCGCUCCUGUGGUGGCGAUGGAGACGCAGCAGACUCUGCUACAGCAGCAGCAGCAGCAGGCGGCGCAGAGGAAGGUGCAGAUGCCGUGCUCCCAGCAGACGCUGCUCAAGCUCCAGCAGAUCCAGCGGCUGCAGGCCCAGCAGCAGCAGCAGCAGCACGUGGAGCUGCAGAGGAUAGACCUGCAGCAGCAGCAGCAGAAACUGCAGCAGCUGAUCAUACAGCAGAGACAGGCGCAGCAGCAACAACAACAACAACAGCAACAACAACAACAACUACUACAACAGCAACAACAACAACAACAACAACAUCAGCAGCAGCAUCAGAGGAAGCAGCUGAGACCUCAGAAGCAGCAGCAGAGGCAGCAAAAAAAGCAGGAGCCUCCCAAACCACAGCAGGCCCCUCAAGUGUUUGUUACCCAGCAACCCAGUACACCGGUCACAACACCCUCAAUCUCAUUGGACCUCCUCAAGGCACAUCCCGCCCCUACGUUGGUGACGGACGGCAAUGGUAACCACUAUCUGAUCACACUGACCAGCAGCAACACAGACGGCCAGCUGCCCAUUUCACCACAGAGCAAGACCAACGGCCGCAUCACUCUGCAGAGGUUACAGUCAACUCCUGUCAAGCUCCCCAGCCAAUCACCUGUACAGAUGGUCACCGGCAACAACCAGUCAACACCGACAGAACAGAAAACUCCUGUUAAACAGCCUGUGAAAAAGAGGACCGCCCUCCAUCUACAGACCAAUGGCAUGCAGGAGCCCAGCGUGCCUGUCACUGCGCCACCCAAUCUCCAGCCUUUCUUCUUCACCAAGGACUCCUCAUUGGAUCAGACCAUCUCGCCUCCACCAAUCAAGCUGGAGGUGUGUCCGACCUUUGACCGACACACCUUGUUCACCCCUCCCUCUCCUAAACAGACCUCUCACUCCACUUCACAAAAAGAGAAUGGUUCAAGCAGCCAGCAUAUUGACGACUUGUUUGACAUCCUCAUCAAGAGUGGAGAAAUCUCCUCCAAUUUCAAAGCUAAUCCAGACCCGUCCCUUUCUGAGCUGCACUCCAACCCGCCCACCCCCUCCCCUCCCUCCUCCCCCCUCCGCCUCUCCCCCCCAACACCUCCUCCAGAGCCGUCCUCCAUCUCCUCCUCCCUCUCGUCCACCUCCUCCCUCUCCUCCUCUUCCCAGCAUGCCCUGCGGAGCGGGCGGCUGGAGGACUUCCUGGAGAGCACCACGGGCACGCCGCUGCUGGGCGUGGCCGCCGCCGCGGACGGUCCGAUGACGCUCAUCGACGAGCUGCACAGCCAGAUGCUAAGCACGCCUAGCAUCCUGGACCACCCGCCCUCGCCCAUGGACAUCAGCGACAUGGGCUUCGCGCCGCACCCCGCCGGCCUAGACUUCGGGGACCCCACCCUGGACGGCAUGGACUGGCUGGACAUAUCCAUGGGUGGGGGAGGGGGCGGCGUGGGGAGCGACAGCAUCGGAGGGAGCGGAGACGGGACGGGGAGCAGCCAUGGCGUCGGGGUCGGCGGGGGCAGUGAGAGCGCCACCAUCUUGGCGCCGCUCGGCUCGCAGACGCCCCCUAGUGUCUUCUCGGCAGACUUUUUGGACAGCUCAGACCUGCAGCUGCACUGGGACUCCUGUUUGUAGCCCCCCCCUCCCCCCUCCCCCGCCCGCCCGUGAGCGCGCUUGUGUGUGUGGUCUUCACCCGCUGGCUGGCGCCAGUGCAGCCAGGACAUGGACGCGGACACGAAACCCAUCGCUGUAGGGGGGGGGACGCCAGUGUUGAGACGUGUACUCGCAAGCAAGCAGACGUUAAAACACACAUCCACAAACUGUGCACAUAUGCUGUGAAAGCCCCUGCUGGAAAUCGGCUGCAGAUGCAAAAAAAGAAAGAAAA